AUCUGAACCCCUAGACUAUAUAUGCGGAUAUUGGAAGGGGGGGAGGAGUAACCAAAGCAUAGGCAUAGGCAUAGGCAUAGGCAUGGCCAUGGGAGCGUGGUCGGCGAUGAAGAAGAGCUUAUUAAUGAAGCUGAGUGUGUGUCUGCUGAUCAUCGCCAUGGCUAACUGCGCUCGGGACAUCCCUGACUCCGUUGCUGAGCACCCUCCCGGAUACAUCAUCUGCGGCGAGAUCAGCGAGACGUGGCACGGGGGGCUGUGCGCCAAGCGCGGCACCUGCAACAAGCCGUGCCGGGCGGAAGGGUACGACGCGGGCUACUGCGCCCCCUUCCCCUUCAUGACCUACUGCUGCUGCACACAGAACUGUGGCAAGUCGUCGUCUCUGCGACCACACAGGAGCAGCAUUCAGUGCAACUAAGGGAGUAGUAGUACCAUGUAUGGAUGCAUGCAUGGUUUGUGAAAUAAAUCUCAUUUCGAUCGCGUGUGUGUGUGUGUGUGCCUACUACAGAUGGCAAAAGAAACCGUUCUUGUAACUUGUUGGAACUGCUGCUAUUUCUCAGUGACCAAGAAGAACUGUCCACCAAGUUGCAUA